GCUGGACUUCCUGUGUUGCAGCGUGAAAUCAAUGAAGUGCAGAGAGAAGGAGGAAGAAGAGAAGAAACGGAGCAGAGAAGGGGGGAAACAGAGAAGGAAGAGCUGGAUGGGUUUCUCUGCCUCGUCACGUCACCAAUAGAAGAAGAAGAAGAAGAAGAAGAAGAAGAAGAAGAAGAAGAAGCCACAGUGUGCGGCUCACACACAUCUCCGCCCUCCACUGAAGUCAAUGAGCUCUCCACGAAGCAGGGCCAACAUGGUGCACGUGUACAACUGUCAUCCCUACGCCUCUCAGCAGAUAGUGCAGGUGGAGCAGGAGCCGGGGCUGGUCUGCUGUGGAGGUGGAGCUCUGUUCGUGGUGGCCUCUGGAGGAUGCAAGGUGGAGGCGUACAGUGUGGAGCAGGAGGGCUGCCCGCUCAUCUGCCGCUUCUCCACCAUGGGCACGGUGAGGAGCAUCCAGCACAGCAAGACAGGAGACUACCUGGUGACCAUUGAGGAGAAGAACAGCGCCACCUACCUGAGAGCCUACACAAACUGGAGAUACCAGGCCGAGGGGAAAGCCCGUGUCGGGGUGCGCUUGCUGGGCCACCUGCUGCGUGGGGCGUCUGUGCGGGGCGGAGUGCAGAUGGAGAUCAUUGAGAUCCCCCUGUCGGAGCGUCCGGUGGCGGUGGCCUGUUGCUCGGUCACCGGGGACCUACUGGUCGGCUGCGAGAAAACCCUGGUUCUGUUCACACUGAGGAGACCGAACCAGCAGAACCUGGUAAGAAUCCAGCUGAUGAAGGAUCAGAGUCCCUGGCCGAACACUCAGAGUCAAGGUCAAACCUCCAGUUCAAACCAAAAUGUUUCCAUCCUGGACUUUGAACGCUCCGUCAUCGUGCACCUUCCCAAAAUGUCCUUUAAACAGGUGGCGCUGUGUGGAGGAUAUGUUGCCGUGCAGGCGGAGCUCGAGGUGCUUGUACUGAAACUGGAAGCUUCUUCUGAAUCUCAAACCCCGGACGACUCCUCGGACACAAACACAUGUGACGAUCCCCUGGAGGACCAGUCCGACCUCCUGCUCAUUCCGAGGCAGCAGGAGUUACUGGGCGAUCGAGCUAAAGACUGUGACAUCCCUGUCAGCAUUGAGAAGACGGGGCUGGAGGACAAAGGACAAUACACGCUGUCAUAUGUUCUUUUCAGGCGUUUUACUCCAGAGUUUUUCCAGGGCUGCAGUGUGGAGGAGACGCAGCUCCACUCCCUGCAGCUCUACCCGCUCUACACCAGGAGCCAGUCGGCCUCCACAGAGGAACCAGCGUGUGUGUUCUGCUUCUUCUCGCUCCCCAACGCCGGCUACCUGUACAGUCUGAAGGGCGGAGUCGAGCUGCUCUCAGCCUAUCAGUAUCCAGAGAAGGUCCUGGAGGCGGUGCUAACAGACACCCUGCUGCACGUCAUUACAAAGAAUGCGUUGCAGUGUUUCACAGUGCGCUGUGCGGCUGUAGCAGCCAGGAUCGACGACCCCUACAUCGAUACCACCAUGAAGGCCUGUCCCCCCUGCAGCCUGGAGGUGUGCGCCCUCCGGAUGCAGCUGUUUAUCGGCCUGCGCUCGGUGUGCGUCUACGGCCGCCACGUCAUCCUGCUCUCUGCCGCCGACAUGGAGACGCCCGACGAGAGCGAACGCAGCACACAGCGCCGCGAGUUGAAAGAACACACCAGGCUGACUGGUAUUUUCCUGGCGGUGGGAAUCGACCCCGCAACCACGCCGGCUCUGGAGAGCUUUCUGUCACGUCCCUUCCUGAGCAGGAAGUGGACGAUCUCCUCUCCUAAAGAAACCAGCGCAGCCGCUCAUGGAUGGAACCUGUACGUGGUCGACACCGUCUCGCCCCUGGUGCUCUACCGAGAGAUGGUGGAGUACAGCCGACACUAUUCGGAGACCAACCCUCAGGCCCAAAGCCUUCGACACCUCCUCAGUGAGGCUCACCUCCUCCUCUGCGCCUCCUCACUGCAGCAGAGCAGAGAGGGCGACCACACGGUGUCUCUGCAGAAAGAUACGGAGGGACAGACGGAGGGACAGACGGAGGGACAGACGGAGGGACAGACAGAGACACAGACAGACAGACAAGAACUGCAGGAGGCUCUGAGGCAGAACUGUGCACAGCUGGGAGACUGUUACAGCAGGGCGAGCCAGAAGGACUGUCACCAGGCUCUGCCGUACUACAGGAUGUCCGGACUGUCAGUCACAGAGGUCAUCAUCAGGAACCGCCCACUUCCCAGCAGCCCUCACUCCUAUGGCCUCGGCUUCCUGUUUUACCUGAAGCACUUCCUGUUAGAGGAAACGGAGCAGAGCCUCAGUCAGGAAUCAGCCGAUGAGGUCGUUGACAUUUUCAGCCAAUCAGAUCCCUCAGAGAUCAUCAGCGUGUGUGCCAGCCCGUCCAUGACGAACAUCAGUCCCGCCCGGACGCUGCGAGUUUUCCAACAUCUGGAGGCCACAGCUGGAGUGUCGGUCCCACUGACCAUCACGAUGGCCACCAUGAUGCUGCGUCUGGACGACCUGCCACAGUUCACACAGCUGAUGGACAGACAUCCUGAGAUGCUGCUUGUGUACGGUUUCAUCGACGAGCCGAGGCUGCUGCUUCACGGUGGAGGCGGCGGCCCUCACACACUGGUCCGUCCCACAUCGCUGACUCUCCAGCUGGCACAGUCCCAGCCGGGGCUGCUGGUAGCCGGCAUGGUGGCUCUGCAUGAGAACAACAAGGCUCAGCUGGAACAGGCUGAUCACAUCUUCAAGGAGCUGGGCUGUGAGAAUUGCUUACUGGUGGAUUUCUGGGAGGCGACGCUCAUGGCCUCUUCACAGGAAGCUGUCAUCCAGGAGCUUCUGUUCCGACUGGCUUCCGUCUACAUCGAGCGGCUGACGCACACAAACUCAGACGCACACUCCGGCCUCCCUCGCACUCGUCCACAACGCAGGCCGCUGAAGAGCGCCGACGAUCUGAUCAACUCCAGCUCCCAUUACGGCUCCUUGUACCCGUGGCUCACUGUUCUGUGUCCAGCUCACACUACCAGCUUCCAGCACCAGGAGGCGUUACACAAACUGCAGUCUCUCCUGUGUGGUCCGUCCAUGUCCAUUGGCUCCGUCCUCCCUCUGUUGGAGCGUCUGUCGGAGGACACCCUGUGGGGCUUCAGCCUGCACCUCCUCUGCGCGACCAGGAGGGGGCAGUUUGACAGCAGCAUAGAGAAGUUGCUGGACCGAUGUCCUCAGGCCAUCAUCGCCUUCGCCAACCACCAUCUGCAGGACAGACACAUGGCGCUGUGGUGGAAGAAGCUGCUCCCGGAGCUGUGCAAUCGCACGAGAGCUGCAGGGGACAACAGCAUCCUACUGGCUGCUCUCAAAGAAACACUGGUAGUGGUUGCCACAGAGACCAGCCCGGCCCAGUUCCUGGAGCUCGUACCGGACGACGGCACGGCGUCCUACUUCCUGCCUCACCUGAUGACAUGCAGCCAGAGACACCUGCUUGCCUGAGACACGUGUCUCCGCUGGCGGCUGAAGGUCAACGUUCCACUCGGUCGUUUGUUGAAGAUGAUUCAUCACUGAAAGAAUAAUCCUGAUUCUAUAACAGGAGCACAACGACCGGCCCUUCGGUUGGAUGAGCCAAACAAACACAGUGAUUAAAACUUUAAUGACAGUAAUUCACAAACAAUGACGGUAUAAAUACAUUUUAUUGCCAUCUUGCGAGGAGGGAGGGUUUAUGACCUUUACAUCGAUCAGUCAUCAGGGGAUGAUUGGCAUCACUUGUGGGAAGCCAUCAUUAUUAACUAUGAUCUGAACCAAACCCUCGGCCUCAGGCUUUGUUGGUUGACGAUGAGGUAUAAACACAAACUGUACAAACAGCCGUCAGUGAAAACAUUCCACGUUACGCCCAAGGACUAAAAUAAUUAUUAGCAAAACCAGGACCAGGAAGUAGUUGAGUAUUUUUAACUGUGGUGAACCGCCUGCAAUUCUUCUUCUGUGUCAUUGUUUGCACGGAUCUGUGUUGAAUAUUUCAGGGCUUCAUGAUUUGUUAUGGAAUUAAUUAUCGUCAGUGGAUGAGAUGAGAAGACAGAGAAAUGUCUUGGAUUGUCCCCGGAGCAUCGAGCGCUUUCCAUUUCACCCAAAAGUUAUUUAAAUAAAAAUAAAAAUACCAAUUCUUUAUUCCUUUUCCUCCCCACAACAAAAAUCUGAAUAUUCAUGCUCCUUAUUUAAAUUCUGUAAAGAGCAAAUGUAAACUGUAUCUCACACGUUGUUAACUUGAGUUGCAUGAAGUUCCUGAUAAUACAAUCACUCCUGCAGGAUAAAGGAAUGUUGUGCUGCUGCUUCAGUUGACUGACAUUGAUUACAGAUUAUUGUGUGUGUGUGUGUGUGUGUGUUUUUGUGUUUGUUUGUGUGUAUGUGUGUUGUGUAACCUCAGUUUCACCAGAGAGAGGGUGUGUGUGACUGUCUGACUCUAAACAAACACUCAGCACUUUUGUCUUUGCUCCAAUUUCUAAGAUUAGAUCAGAGUCCUCAAGUCAUGAAGUCUGUUAAUGUUCGACAGCCGAGUUCAGGAAUCGUCCGGAUUUACUCGACGAGCAAACACAACAAAGUGUAUUGUUAUGAUUAUUAUUUACAUCAUAUAUCGCUUUACAAGUGCAUUACAAUAUAUAUUAAAUCCACAAAAUGAAAUGUAGAUGUAAAAUGCAAAAAAUGGAUAAAUUAUAAAGAUUGAAAGUAAAAAGAAAACAAUAAAAGCACAGAAUAAAACAUA